GAAAAAGGAAGGCAAAUAAAUGAACUGUUUCAAGCUCGGCCAAGCUGCAACUGAUAUCUUUGAUAUCGAAUCGCAGACCUUCCUCCCUCCUUGACGUUACUCCAACAUCGUUCCGUUCUUAUUGUUAAACACCAUUCACCAUGGUACCUGACUGGAGACAAAUAGCUACUCAGAAGCGUGACUCAGUCCUCGCUCUAAUACCUGAAGAGUGGCGUAUUCCAGCACCGCCUUCUGUGGAUGAGCAAAGAGACGUUACUGGCAAGUUUAUUCAACAAUAUCUAAAUACACAGGAGAUAGAAAUCACCGAGACCGAUGCUAUUGGGAUUGUUGAGAAGACAAGCAAUGGCACAUGGACUGCCGUCGAGGUUACCAAAGCAUUCUGCCAUCGUAGUGCUAUAGCCCAUCAGCUGGUGAACUGUCUCCAUGAGAUCUUCUACAAUGCUGCCAUUGAAUCUGCUCAGGAGCUCGAUCAAUACUUUGCAACCCACAAGAAGCCGAUUGGACCUCUUCAUGGUUUGCCCAUAUCUCUCAAGGAUCAAUUCCAUGUCAAAGGUGUCGAAACUUCGAUGGGUUACGUUGGCUGGAUUGGUACCUUCCAAGGCGAAAAGGGAACAGGAAAGGAGAAGGUAUACGAGUCUGAGAUGGUGAAAGAAUUACGCAAUUUAGGUGCGGUCUUGUAUGUCAAGACUGCCGUGCCUCAUACUCUCAUGUGUGGCGAGACGACAAACAACAUUAUCGAUUAUUGCUGGAAUCCCACGAACAGGAAUCUCAGUUCUGGUGGUAGCUCUGGAGGCGAGGGUGCACUCAUCUCGUUGAAAGGAAGCCCUCUUGGAUUUGGAACAGACAUCGGAGGGAGUAUCAGAAUUCCCGCUGCGUUCAAUGGCCUGUUUGGCUUGAGACCCAGUAGCGGUAGACUUCCCUACGAAGGGAUGGCCAACUCGUUCGACGGUGCUCCAAGCAUUUUGAGUGUGGUUGGGCCGUUGUCAUCGUCGUCUGCGGGCCUUAAAUUGGCGGUACAAUCCAUCCUGCAAACCGAACCAUGGCAACGCGACCCGCGCGUACACCCCCUACCGUGGAGGCACGAACAAGAAGAGGCGGCCAAGCAAUUGGCACAGGACAAGAAACUCACCUUUGCGGUCCUCAAGCACGACGGCCUAUGCGCCCCGCAUCCUCCAAUUAAGAGAGCGCUUGAGGAGACUGUUCAAAAGCUCGAGUCUCUUGGUCACAAAGUCAUUGAGUGGCAACCUCCUAGCCACAGCAAGCUACAAGACAUUUGCGUCAAGGCAUGGGGAUAUGAUGGCGGUGCAGACGCUGCAAGAGCCUUUGCCCUUAGUGGAGAGGAGCCUAAGCCGAACAUCAUGUUCGAGGAAGCACCCCAAGCUAAUGCUACUGAUAUCAUGCGUAACCAGGUUGAGAAGAGAGAUGCCGAGAAGGAGUACAUGGAGUACUGGAACUCUACCAGUCAAUUGACUGGGACUGGCCGCCCUGUAGACGCUAUCAUCUCUCCCCUUGCACCAUUCACCGCAGCUCGGCCGAACAAGUACACCUCAUACAGCUAUUCGGUAUGGGUCAAUGUUCUCGACUACAGCUCUGCGAUUGUCCCGGUUACCAAAGUCGACAAAAACGUCGAUAAGGACUACACCGACUUUAAGCCGGUGUCGGAGACAGAUGCGAAGACGCAGGCAACAUAUGAUCCGGAAAUUUACGAUGGUGCUCAUGUUUCGCUACAGGUCGUGUGUAGAAGAUUGGAAGAAGAAAAGGUGCUGGCAAUCUCGGAGUACGUUUACCAGACGAUUCAUGGUUGAAUGGGCAGGAGUUCCUUUGUCCAGUACGAGUAUUCGAGUUCUCAGGAUCAAUUUAUAGAAAGACACAAGUUUGUGCAAUCUUUGAGAAACAUGCUCAAUAGGUGUCUCAGUGG